AUGUUGCGUUUGAAUACUACCAGAAAUUUGUCCAGAUCUUUGAAUCUUGUGAGCAAGCGUUUUUAUGCUGAAGCUGCUCCAUCCAGCUUUUUGAAGUUACAGUUUGCCUUACCACAUGAGACAGUAUCUGCUGGUUCUGAAGUCACCCAGGUCAAUUUGCCUGCUCAAUCUGGUAGAAUUGGUAUUCUAGCCAAUCACGUGCCUACUGUGGAACAAUUGACACCUGGUGUCGUCGAAGUGUUUGAGGGUUCUCAAUCCAAGAAGUACUUUGUGUCCGGUGGCUUUGCUACUGUUCAACCAGACUCCACGUUAUGUAUCACUUCAGUUGAAGCUUUCCCAUUGGAGUCUUUCUCACAGGAAAACAUCAAGUCCCUUUUGAGCGAAGCCAAGAAUAAGGUCAACUCUUCUGACGAAAGGACUGCUGCAGAGGCUGCCAUCCAAAUUGAAGUCUUGGAAUCCUUGCAAUCUGCUCUCAAAUAG